ACUGGCUGAGCCCACUGAACUCUGAGCCUUACGGCACCCGGACCUGCAUGGUUGGGUUGAAUUUGGCUCUUUGUGGUUUUAGUGUUCAGACAUGAAGAGAAAACUCCUGCUGGUGUCAAACUCCACCCUGCACGGCGGCGGGUAUCUGGAUCACUGCGAGCAGCACAUCUCCAGCUUCUUUGGACAAGAUGUGAAGACGGUGCUGUUUGUCCCGUACGCGCUGCACGACAGGGACGCCUACACGAAGACAGCCAGAGACAAGUUUCAAACUCUCGGUUACUAUGUGGAAAGCAUUCACGAGGCCGCAGACCCUGUCGAUGCCGUCAAGAAGGCUGAGGCCAUUUUCAUUGGGGGCGGGAACACCUUCCGGCUGCUGAAGAGUCUCUAUGACAACCAGGUGGUGACGGCGAUCAGGACCAGAGUACUGGAGGAUGGAGUCCCUUACAUGGGUUCCAGCGCCGGCACCAAUGUCGCCACCAUUAGCAUCAGCACCACCAACGACAUGCCCAUCGUCUGUCCGCCGUCCUUCGCCGCCAUUGGCCUCGUUCCCUUCAACAUCAACCCGCACUACCUGGAUCCGGAUCCCAACAGCCGCCACAUGGGGGAGACUAGAGAGCAGAGAAUCACACAGUACCAUGAAGAAUCCAACACCCCGUCUGUGCUGGGUCUGAGGGAGGGAUCGAUGCUGCUCGUGGAAGGAAACAAAGCCACACUUUUGGGAACUACCAAGGCCAGACUCUUCACCAGGGGAAAGCCUUCAAAGGAGUACGACCCUGGAAGUGACCUCAGCUUUCUUCUGAAGGAUGAUGUUGACCAAAGAGAAGGUAGCAGAAUGUGAAGGUCAGUGUGAGAAUCCUGGAGCCAUUUCAUCAGGUUUUACCACGUCUGAGCUGCAAAUUACACGUUUGCUUGGUAACACGUGAGGAAACAUUC